UACGAGCGCGGCAGUGGAGGCUAGAGCGCAGGCGGGCCCAGCCCAGGCGCCGGCCGGCCGGCCCCGCCCCCGGGGGUCUGGCGCCCGCCCCUCACUUGGGCCCCGCCUUCCCCCCACGUGUCUGCCGCCGGGGGAGGCGCCUGAGCCGGAGCGGGCCGCCUGCGGUCCGGCCCGGUCGGCGCAGAGUGUCUAGUUGGCGGCGCCCGGGAACGAGUCGCUUCCCGAUGUUCCCGCCCCGGCUGCCGCGGGCCGCGCUGUGCGCUUAGUGCCCGGCUCCGGCCCCCUGAGGCGUCCGCGGGGGUGAGAGCGGCCUCGGCCCCGCGGAGACGAAGCAGCUGGAGGGCGAGGCGGCGGCCGCCGGGAGGAGGAUGGGGGCUAACCAGUUAGUGGUGCUCAACGUGUACGACAUGGUGGAAAACCAGUACUAAUUAAUGAAUGAUCCAUGGUUCCCCAUGUUAAUUGGAGUAUUGGAUGAACGAAUACACCUCAUCCAUCGGAAUUGGAGUUUUUCAUUCAGGAAUUGAAGUGUAUGGCAGAGAAUUUGCUUAUGGUGGCCAUCCUUACCCCUUUUCUGGAAUAUUUGAAAUUUCCCCAGGAAAUGCUUCUGAACUAGGAGAAACAUUUAAAUUUAAAGAAGCUGUUGUUUUAGGGAGCACCGACUUCCUAGAAGAUGAUAUAGAAAAAAUUGUAGAAGAAUUGGGAAAAGAAUACAAAGGCAACGCUUACCAUUUGAUGCAUAAAAACUGCAAUCACUUUUCUUCGGCUUUAUCAGAGAUUCUUUGUGGGAAAGAGAUUCCUCGCUGGAUCAAUCGGCUUGCCUACUUCAGCUCCUGUAUACCCUUUCUCCAGAGUUGCCUCCCGAAGGAGUGGCUCACUCCCGCAGCCCUGCAGUCUAGUGUCAGCCAGGAGCUCCAGGACGAACUGGAGGAAGCGGAGGAUGCUGCAGCCUCCGCCUCCAUGGGCAGCACUGCCGCAGGCUCCAGGCCCGGGCGCCACACUAAACUGUAAAUGUCUCCAGAGUCGCACCUUCAGAACUGUCUCUGGCAGUUGAAUAUCACUAGAGAAGAGUAAAAGAGUAAACGUCCUUUGGAUAUUUUGUAUGCAAAGAUGGCUCUCCCCCAAAUCCCAGUUUUUCAGCUCAGGAUUAUAUUUGUAAUCAAAAUAAAAAUCACUUGGCGCAGGAGGGAGAACUUUGUAUGAAGCUUCCCUCUGUCUUUUUUACCCACUUGUAAAUUUGGAUUUACUUCUGUUUUAUAUAAGCUCUGUUAAGUUAUGUUUACAGUAUUUUGUAUCGCUGUUUACAAAUCUUGCAUGGACUCCUGCCACCAUGAAAGAAGAAAAUCUUCAUGUCUUCAAAAAUGAGGCAGGUAAUCUUUGUACACUUCUGACAAUUGCCCGAGCUUCGGCAUAAAUAGGCACACGAGAAGGUACUUACACAAUUAUAGUCACCAUCACCUGCUUAAGAAUUACCUUUGAGGCUUGUGUUUGUUUUUGUUACCGUGUUGGUACCAGGAUGCACAGAGGUGAAGGAGCACACACAGCCCUGAGGGCUUGGGACCUCGAUCUGUGUGAGAGGUGCCCGAGCCUGGGCGCUCAGCACUCCCUCCACUCCGAGUGGUACAGCUCCUGAGGUUUCCACCGAACGGUGGCUCUCAUCCCAAAUAUCCGUCCACCUCCACGGGGUGGUAUACUCUCGUGUCAGUCUGGCUUUGAUGCCUCUGAUUCUGUAAGUAAGAUGUUUCUCGUUAAAGGUAUUCUUACUAGUAACAAGUGUUUUUGCACAUGUGUUGGGGGCUUCAUUUUUAUUUUAAUAUAUAUUGAUAUCCUCCCUGCACAGGAUUUUGUUUGUGGGGCAGGAAUAUCCUAAGUGGUAGCCUUCAGAGUAGCAGUGUGAGUUGACAUUCAACUGCUUUUAACUAUUCAGGCUACCUUUUAUACUACACCUUGAAAACUAGAGUCUAAAGUAACACUCUCCAAAAAGGUAAUACUUUGAUAUUUUAAACAUUUUAUGUACCAUACCAGAAAGAGUAUGUUGGAGUUUGUUAGUUUGUUAUGGGAGUAGUUUCACCUCAUAAUAGAGAGCUUAGUCUCAUUACCUCUUGUUGAAAACUCAUAUUUAUGUGUCUUAUUCAUCUUUUUCUGUUCUCUCAAAUGUAUGUCUCUUACAUAACCUACUCGAAGAAUGAAAUUGUCACCACAGAUAAGUCCUCAUUAGCAAGGAAUCUGUCUGCUCAAGUCUACUCCCAGUUUGACCCUUGGAUGUAAGAGCCAAGUCAUUACAUGUCAAAUUCAAUUUUUCUGCCUUAAGAAUGAAUGUUCUACAUAAAAUAUUGGAUGCAGUGUAUAAAUGAUCCAAGGCAGUGACUUCAGCUUUAUAUAUAUAUCGUUAGUUUUUAAAUCAUCUACUUUUAUUUAAACUUCUAGAUUGGAUUGUUUGCUAUUGCUCUUUGUAAGGAUACAUAUCUUUCAGUACACUACAUUUUUAACUUUUCCAUAAGCUGAUUUUGAGUCAUUUUAUCAAAUUAAGCACACCCUGUUCAUAGGGAAAAUAAACCUUGGGUUUGACCUGAGGAAAAUGAAGCCACUUAACCUAAUUUAUGCUUUUGACUGUUCUGUUGCUGGAGAGGAAAGCUUUUACAAAUUAUUCUCAGUUCUUUAGGGGGGGGCAGAGCACUUGUUUUAAGAGAUGUGACAGGAAUCUAUGAUCUUUAUGAAAAGUUGACCUGAUUCAGGUCUAAAAAUGAGAUUUAGAAUAAAAUGCGCAGACUCUGACAGUGAAUCAGUUCACUCAAAGAAGAGUCCUGUCACUAAAACCCAGGUUAGUGAAAAAUGUUUGAUGCCGCUCGCUUGGGAUUUUUGUUUUUAAUAAUGUGGUGGAUUCCAGUUUUUUCUAAUCCAUUCAAAUAGACAUGAGUUUAAAUCUGUGCUA